AUGGCUACUCACAUUCAUUUCAUCAAGGAUAUAACAAUUUGGAAGAUGCAAUGGAAGUUGAAAGUUCGUGUUGUCCGUUUGUGGGAAGUACCAGAUCGUUUUAAUCCAGGCACUAUAUUGUCGAUUGAAUUGGUUCUACAAGAUGAAAAGGGCGAUCGGAUAAGUGCUUCUAUUGGCAAGUCAGUUUUGCAUCUUUUCAAAACACAAAUUACUGAGCUUGGAUUAUAUCAUAUGGCGAACUUUAUCAUUUGUCAUAAUAAGGAGAAGUUCAACAGCACGAAACAUAUGUUGAGGCUGACGUUUACUCAACGCACAACAGUGGCUGAAACAACUGAUCCACUUUUCCCAAUGAAUAUCUUUGAUUUGCGACUAUAUGAUCAAUUGAUAAAUAAGGUUGACGUGAACGAGACUGAAUUAUUUGAUGUCAUCGGAGAAAUUGUCAAUUUCAGUGAGGUACACACGCAAAACCAAGGUGGAAAUUCUAGGAAGUUUAUGGAUAUUGAACUAGAAGAUGACGAGAGGAAGAAGUUGUCUGCAACAUUUUGGGGCGAGUUUGUUGAUGAAAUUGUACCUCAUCUGCUAAGUUCUAACAACCAGCCUAUUAUCGUUGUUAUGCAGCUCAUAAAAGCUCAUAAAUUUCAAGGUAAAAUACAAUUACUCUAUUUUACAUUAAUUUGCGAAAGUUAA